AAGACGCACUCGCCCAUCGUCGUCGUUGCACGAAGCUAGCUAGCUAGCAUCUUCACCGCCGCACAAGCAGACACAGCUAGACGACGUCGUCAACAAUGGCCACCGGCGCCGCCGCUGCCAACCACGGCCGCUGCUCCCUCCUCCUCUUCGCCGCCAUCGCCAUGGUGCUGCUGGUGUUCGUGGCGACGACGACGGCCGCGGCGGCGCGAGAUGUUCGUCGUCCCGCCGCCGUGGAGAAGAAGAUGGCGGCUGUGAUGAGGCACGAUGUCCCCAGCAGCGGGCCGAGCCCCGUGCACAACGGCGCGCCGACUCCUCCGGCCGCCGCCGACGAGCCCACGGUGGCCGUGACGGAGCGUCUGGUUCCCACCGGAUCGAACCCGUUGCACAACAUGCCCAGUCCUCUACAAGGCCGCACACCGACCAAGAAGACGGUUAAUUAAUUGAGAUGAUUCCAUCAUGCUCAAUUCCAAGUGGUUAUUAAUUAGGAAAUUUAAUUAUAUAGAGAAAUUUUAUAGUUCUUGAGUAUUUUUUACAAAUCUUCGUACCUUAUAUAGUAUCGGAAAUAUAAAAUUUGGUAUCCCUCCGUACCUUCUCGAGGACCGUAAAAUCUCUUAGAUAGAUAUGCAUGUAUCACAGAUGCUUAUUAUAAUUAUUAAUCAGGUACCAUACAAUAUGUUUUGCGUGAGUAAUAAAUAAAUAAAGAGA